AUGGAGAACGGUCACGAUUGGAAAAUUGCUGAGAAAUUCUCAGGUUUGACGAUUGCAGGUGCUGACCCAAUUCGUUCUUCAAACAACAGCACCAGCAAUCAAGACGGAAACUUGCUUCAGGUCAUGAAAGCCAUGGAAGCUGCUGAGGCCACAAUCAAGCAACAGGUUGAAGAGAACAUCCGAUUGAGGACCCAGCUCGAACACAAGAUGCUCGAGCUCCACAGAUACAAGCUCCAGGAAUCCAUGCCCACCCAAAUGCCGCCUUCUGUUGAUCCAUGGGCCCAGCGCCUCCAUGGAUCUCAUGAUCAAGCUCAUCAACCAGUUGCCCAUGUCGACAAUCAAAUCGAUAGGAUUGCAAAUCCCGCGCAGACUCAUAGAGAAUCAGAAACCCGAGAAACCCAAUUGGGUAGCAGCGAGAUCAAUGGAGCCAUGAAGGUCGUUAGAGUUUCUGGUAAUCAGGCAGCUGCAGAAAACGCCAGCAGUGGCAUCUCUCGGUUGUCUUCACCGUCCACAACGACGUCGCUUUCUCCGGGAAGGUCGAGCACCGAAGGGGAAUAUGAUCCUCAGCGUGUCAAUUUUUCUGGACAUGGGUUGAUGCCAUUGACUGAAAGAAACAACCCCAGCAACAGCCUGUGGAAGAAGGAUCUGGUUGUUAAGGUUCAUGAACAUGAACAAGAGAUUAUGCAAUUGCGAAAGCAUUUGGCGGAUUAUUCGAUCAAAGAAGCGCAAAUUCAAAACGAAAAGUAUGUGCUGGAGAAGCGCAUUGCUUAUAUGCGUUUGGCAUUUGAUCAGCAGCAGCAGGACCUUGCUGAUGCUGCAUCAAAGGCUCUGUCUUACAGACAGGACAUUAUUGAGGAAAACAUUCGGCUCGCUUAUGCCGUGCAGGAUGCACAGCAGGAGAGGUCGACGUUUAUUUCCUCUUUGCUGCCAAUUCUGGCUGAGUACUCAUUGCAGCCUCCGGUUCCUGAUGCACAGUCCAUUGUUGGCAAUGUCAAGGUUCUGUUUAGGCAUUUGCAGGAGAAGUUGCUUCUUACUGAGUCCAAAUUGAAGGAGUUGCAGUAUCAGUUAACGCCUUGGCGACCAGAUUCGAAUCAGCAGCCUAAUAACAUUAGCAUUGCUGCGCCUCCUUCACCACCAUCUCAGUCCAUUGGUGGUGGAGCAUUGCUAAAUGUGAGCAGAAAUGGGCUUGAAAUGGUUGCUCAGAAUCAGCCAACAUAUUCUUCCAAUGUUGGAAGAGUGCCAGCUUCUGCUUCUGAUACUCAGACAACUGCGGAUUGGGAUCAUCAUGCUCAGAGUGGUUUCGGUGGUGGUGCCCCCAACAAUGUGGAAACCAAUGACUUGGGAUUGGGGAGGUAUUCACCUGUUCCAAGCAGGACUUCAGCAGGCCAAGAUCAAGAUGUUCCUGUUAAUCUUGCUGUUACUCAAGGUGAUACACAGCGAGUAAAUCAUUAUAGUGGAGGGACAAGCAAUAGACAGGUCACCUUUCGUGAUCCGGUUGGGAACACACACAGAGAGAUGGAUGAUCAAUAUGCAGAGGGAAACCAGAAUGACAGAGAAACCUCAUCCAAUUGGAGUGCAGGGAACUCUCCUUACACAUCCCCGCUUAACGAUUCCAGCUCCCCGUAUCCUCAUUAUCUACCGCCGGUUCUCGAAGAGGGUGGUUCAUCUUCAUAUUCAGAGGCUGCAGAUGAUGAUCCAUUACCAGCUAUAGAGGGCCUCCAAAUUUCGGGUGAAGCUUUUCCGGGGCAUGAACUUCAAGCUAGCGGGUACUCUAUCAACGGAACAACCAGUUGUAACUUUGAGUGGGUGCGCCACAUGCAAGAUGGAUCUGUCAAUUACAUUGAUGGAGCAAAGCAACCAAACUAUCUUGUAACUGCUGAUGAUGUUGAUACAUACCUUGCUAUCGAAGUCCAGCCUCUGGAUAACAGGAAGCGCAAGGGAGAGCUUGUAAAGGUGUUUGCCAAUGAGCACAAGAAGAUCACUUGUGAUACUGAAAUGCAAGGCCAGAUAGAGAAGAUUCUUUAUAAGGGUCAGGCUUCAUUUAAAAUAUUUCAGUUCGCUGGAUAUCUUGACAUUUGGGAACCUGCUACAUUGGCCAUUAAGAGGGGAGCUUACAGCAUUAAGGGCAGUGGAGGACCUAGUGGAAGUGGUGUUGUAGUUACGGAGAAGUUUUCGCCAAACACAUUUGUCACAAUUCCUUAUGGAAGUCCUGCAGAAUUCAUAAUAGUUAGCGGCUCGGAUGGUGGUGGUGGUGGUAAUGAGUAUAUCUUAAGAGCAGACAAUGAAAGCUGUUCUAGAGAUACAGUUGUGCUCACAUUAAGAUUAUUUAUCCAUAGGGCUGAUGUGAGAAAAAACUCGAGGAGAGGGAAAAAGAUGUUAUUUUUUUAA